AUGGGAAUGGGACGCAGCAGGCGUCAACAUGCCUGCUUGUGGUUCUUGUUCAAUGAAAAACAGAUUUCUCAAAAGGAGAUUAAUUUGGAGAAGUUGCAAAGAGUUACCAGUUCAGGCAUUCCUGAUGGUGGGAGUUUGCGAGCAACAAUUUGGAAGCUGUUAUUGGGGUACUUACCUACUUCUCGUGACUUAUGGGAGAAGGAGUUGACUGAGAGUCGACUAAAAUAUGUUAAGCUCAAAGAGGAGAUUUUACUAAACCCUUCAGAAUUGUCAAGGAGAAAAGAUAAAAGCUUGAGAUUCCUUGUACACAAUACUAGCAGUGAAGUUAGUGAGUCCCUUGAACGCUACAACAUUUCUAAAGAGGAUCAUCCACUAAGCUUAGGUAAAACUAGUAUAUGGCAUCAGUACUUUGAGUUUACAGAAAUUUCGGAGCAGAUAGACCGUGGUUUGCAGCGAACUCAUCCAGAUUUGGAGUUCUUCUCAGGAGAAUCACCGCUAUCUAGGAAGAAUAGGGAAUCAAUGAGAAAUAUUCUUCUUUUGUUUGCAAAAGUGAACCCUGCGACUAGUUAUGUACAAGGAAUGAAUGAGGUCUUGGCCCCAUUGUACUAUCUCUUCAGCACUGAUAGUGAUGAGCAUAAUGCUGCAAAUUUAGAAGCAGAUACUUUUUCCUGUUUUAUUACACUAAUGAGUGAGUGUGUGGAUGACUUCUGCAAACAACUAGACAGCAGUUCUUUGGGUAUCCACUCAACUCUUUCAAACUUGUCAAAGUUACUGAAAACCAAUGACGAGGAAUUGUGGCACCAUCUUGAAUAUAAAACAAAGCCGGUUAACCCGCAAUUCUAUGCGUUUAGGCGGAUCACGCUGCUCCUUACUCAGGAGUUUAGCUUGCAUCAUAUCUUAAGGAUCUGGGAUACACUUUUGAGCGAUCCCUUCGGCAUUCAGGAAAUGCUUUUGAGGAUCUGUUGUGCUAUGCUGAUGUGUGUCAAAAGCAAAUUACUGAACGGUGCUUUCACUGACAACUUAAAGCUUUUACAACAUUUCCCUGAAGUAGAUGUUGAGCACCUUCUCCAGAUAGCACAAGGACUGACUUUGAACACAUCGUUCCAUUCAACUGUGUAACACAUCCAACUAAACAGGCCAUUGCUCAAACAUAAAAUAAAAUUGGAACUUCAUGCACAGAUGCCUUUCUUUAAUCUACAUUUUAGUCCUUGUAAUAUCCACUCAAUUAAAUCAACUAGUGAUUAGUUGUUCACUUGCAGUAUUUUUAGAGUAACCAAAGAUUGUUCAUUAUAGUUACUCUAAAAAUAGAAUAUUAUAAUUUAAUCAAGUCAAAUAGAAGUCCUCAAAGGCUCGAAGUGAUACGAGUAAUGCUAAAAUUCCAACUUUUGUUUACUAAAAA